AUCCCCCGCCUCUUUCCCCUCACCCUUUCUUAAAGGAACAACUGGCGCUUUUCAAAUCAAAACAGGACUCUUGGUCUAUCCAUAAAAUCAUUUAUCACAGCUGAAACUCCCUGCUUGCGCUCCAAUAUGAACUUUAGAAUAGAAAAAAUGACAGAUAAAAUAUGAAGCACCAGAUACAGAAUCCGCUUUUCAAGUGGUCCAUUAUUAUAGAUGAAAAAAUGCAGACUACUAAACGUUAUCCCCAUUUGAAAAUAUGGUCGUGUAUCCGAUAUCGGUGUUUAACGCACAGUGAUUUUUUUCAUGUGGCCCAGAGGAGAGAAUUUUAAGAAAUAGUGAGGGAUAAGACUUAACUCGCAACAUAGACAGGAAUACUAUUCCUAGUGUGUGCAAUCUGGUUUUAAGUGUCACAUCCGGUGAACAAUACGUCGUGUCAUUAUCUAGACAGGUAAAUUGACAUCAAUUCCCACCUGAAUAAUCUUAUUUCCGUUCUCCGCUACUUCCAUAUGCUUAAUUAGCACACAUGACGAUCCUACCGUUUCCAAAUAGCCUAGUUAUUAAGCAGCGUUUUAUUAUGACACUCCGAAAAAGGGAACCCGAUUUCCCACGAGAUAUAAAAAAAAAAUCCAGUGAUUUCCCCUUUGGUGUCGUGGGUGUUUUGUUCUUUCCCAUGGUUAUGACGCUGAGCUUUUUGUCUGUAAGUCUAUAAAAAUAUAUCCGUUGAAACAGCGCGACAAAGUAGAGCCACUUUUUAAAUGCUUACGGGACUCCAAUUCGUUAUUCAAAAUUACAGCCUCCGCCUCCCUGUUAAGCACCGGAUCACACUGCGAUCGUAGAUGUAAUGAAGCGGGCUGUGGAGGGUUCGCCUUCAAACGUACUUCCAACGGAAAGUGGGUGAUCAUUCCCAGGAACGCUCGAUUUCAGUCGGGGUGAAGCCUCAAUAGCAAAAAGGGACUUGAAAUGGUGCCGGACGAACGGGAGGGGACUCAUCCAGUGCAGCGAUGUCGCCGAGACACCGCUUUACUAGGACAAUGGCGAUAAGCAAGAAACUGUAGCUUUUAUAAAAUAUAUCCUUAAUGAAGCACGUUGAACAUUUUAAACGCAUAGUUGAUUUAUGGGGAAAAAAGUAUAAUGCAUUAAAGGGAUUGCAGCUGUUGACUCCAGACUCCUCGUGGAGGAAUGCAAGUGACGGAUUAAAUAACGUAAGGUGGAGGAUGAAUCAGCGACAAGUGACUGCUGGAUAAAUUUUAACCCUGGAUCAUUUCCACUCAUGCUCCGCUGGCGCUCCGGGGGAAAAGGCGAUGUAGACCGCGGCGCUGACAUCGGGAAUACCCGGCUGUCGGCGUGCUUCAUUAAAAACAAGGGGAAAAUGGACAAUCGCGCUAAUGAAAUCAUCUGAAACACUAAGACACGCAGUGUGUCCGACGGCCUAGACCUCACCUUUUGAUUUCAUCGGUCUCUAACGUAAGGGGACGUUCGGCAAUAUCCAGAAGGUUGGUUGGAUUCAUUUUUAAAUAACAUGGCUGAUCAAAGUAAUAUCCAGUCCGCUGCUUCCAAAAGCAUUCGACCAUUCAAAUCCAGCGAGGAAUAUCUCUAUGCCAUGAAGGAGGACCUGGCGGAGUGGCUCCACACGCUAUAUAACCUGGAUAUCUCGCCAGAUAAUUUCAUGGAGGCGCUGGAGACGGGCUGCGUCCUCUGUCAGCAUGCCAACAACGUGAACCGAGCGGCGCUGGACUUCCAGAUGGGGUUUCCGGAGGCUGCCAGUUCCAUGCGUUUGCCGAGCAAGGACGUGGUCUUCCAGUCACGCAACGUGGUACCGGGCUCCUUCCUAGCCCGUGACAACGUGUCAAAUUUCAUUGCCUGGUGCCGGCAGGAGCUGUGGAUCAAGGACGUGUUGAUGUUCGAGACCAACGACCUGGUCCAGCGGCGCAACGAGAAGAACUUCGUUCUGUGCCUGCUGGAGGUGGCCCGCCGGGGCUCCAAGUUCGGGAUGCUCGCCCCGAUGCUGAUCCAACUGGAGGAGGAGAUCGAAGAGGAGAUCCGGGACCAGGAGAACCUGGGGGAGCAGAGUCCGCCAAGCAGGUCGUUUAGUCGAAUGGAGAGUGUGGAGGACUCUGACUCUGAUCUGUACCCUAACUGGCAGCAGAAGCGAGUACUUUGCGACAUGCGCAACCUGGAUGAACUGGUGCGGGAGAUACUUGGGAAGUGUUCCUGCCCCGCCCAGUUUCCCAUGACAAAGGUCUCUGAGGGAAAGUACAAGAUCGGAGACUCCAGCUCCCUGAUCUUCAUUCGGGUGCUGCGCACGCACGUGAUGGUGCGAGUGGGUGGCGGCUGGGACACGCUGGAGCACUACCUGGACAAGCACGACCCCUGCCGCUGCCACGCUUUUGCUCACCGGUACCACCAGUCCAAGACAGGGGGCUCACAAAGCAAGUCCUCCAGUGCCCACUCCUCACGCUCCACCAGUCCUGGGCCGCAGUGGCGCAACGAGUGUGCUGCUCCCUUCAAGACGCCGGACAGGCGGUUGGUGGAGCCCCCCCCUCCGGCUGCCUCCCCUCCAUGCAGGACCUCCCGCGCCCACCGGCCAUCCCUCCCCACGGACCUGGAUGCCACCCCUGGCCGGCCCAGCACCCUGAUGCCCCGUCCUGCCCGGGACCGCUCCGAACCUCGGCACCCCUCCUCGCUCAGGAACAAGGACAUGUUUAUUCCGGCAACGCGCAGGAUGUCCGGGGACAGUGACUUGUUGAUAAUGUCCCCUAGAAGUGGGACGGCCCGGGCCUCGCUUGGGGGCUCCCGGCGCCCAGGGGAGGAGGUGGUCCUGCUGGUGAGCCGCACCGAGGGCAAGCAUAUCAUUGAGAGGCCUGCGGGAGGAGGCCAAACCCCAUCUCUGCGCCCCCCCCUGGCCCGUGCACGCAGCCAGUCCCGGGAACGGCCCACCGAGACCUCGUUGAAGCCCAACGUGCCUCGGGGUGUCCUCGAGGAGUCACGGGAAGCCCGACCAGAGAGGGGGCGCUCAUUGGGGCCAGAGGGGGCGCGCAGACUGCAGGUCCCACGCUCGCUAAGCCAGGGCAAGAUGCCUGCCCGGGUCCGGGCUAGUGAGCCCAGUCCAGGCCCACGGAUCCCCCACACUGACAAACGAGAGGAGAGUCGAGGAAAACUAGCAGCCCCUGCCUCUCCCAAGCAAAGCGGGGGCUUCUCGCGGAGGCAGCUGUCCAGUCACUCUCAUUCCCCAGCUAAAGGAACGCUGGGCAGCCCCAGUAAAAAGGCCACAGCUACCCACAAGCCUCCUGCCUCCCACUCCCAGCCAUCAGCCUCCCCAGUGCAUCGCUACUCCUGCUCCUCAGCCCGGCCCACCCAUCCGCACGCACAGCGCCCGACUCGGGCCUCGCAUGCCCCCCACCGGCCCGGCCGCAGCGCCCCCCAGUGGGCAGAGCCUGAAGACAACCGACAAAGCUUGGGCUUCGGGCUCCGGGUUCUGCCCAGCCUAGACCUGCAGAAAGAGCAAGACCUAAUCCGCAGCUUCGAGGCUGAGUUUCUAGCCAACACGCAGCUGGCUGCGGCCAUACCCAGCGAGGACCCCGAGGGAGUGGCGGACGUAGAGCUCCAUGGACAGGAACAAGGGUUUGGGACCCUCCUUCCCCUGCCCCCAGGUGACCCCAAUGUCACAGACUCUGCCUACUCCUCCUCCAACUCCUCCACCUCCUCUUGCCAAAGGGAUCUGCCACCUGCUUCCAGCUGCAACGAAGAUGUCGAGAUGUACCCAUCUUAUAACUCUGAGAAGCGACCAGGCUUCUGCUGUGAGGAUGGUGACAAGGGCCUCCAGCAGGCUACGGGGAUACCCAGGGAUGCGGGGCAGAGGAGCACAGUGCAGCCCCUGGGGCACCCAGACCAAUGCAUGGACUUUCCCUACAAUCUGGAGGAGCAUAAGAACCAAGAUGAAGGCCUGCUUCCCCCGGAGAAUUGCUCCCUACGGGACGACUCCAGCGAGAGCUCUUCGGCAUGCGCCAGCCUCAGCGAGGCCCGCUCCGAGGGCUCCUCAUCCCCCCCGCCGCUCGCCGAUGGGGAUGGGGGGGUGGUACUGCGACCCAAGCGGGGCAUGAGGAAGCCAGAUCGUGUGCCCUCUAUCUACAAGCUCAAGCUGCGACCGCGCAUCCGCCCACGGACCGACAACCGACCCGAGAACCAGCCCUCGCGGAUCCCCACCCCAGUCAGCUACAGGGAACAGCCACGCGCCUGCCUGUCCCUGCCCGCCUCUCCCCGCAUCGCCCGCAGCAAUGGCUACCCCAGCUCCCAGAAACCCAUCCACAAGGCCUUGGUGGAUUUCAUCAACCCCCGCACCCGCUCCCCCAGCUUAGGCCAGUGGGACUAUGCCUCCUCUGUGGGGUCUGGGAGCUUAGAUGAUGAUUGUUGGAUGUAGCUGGAAUCUGCACCCAGGAUGCAUCUCCGAGCAGAAUAAGCUGCCCCCAUGUGCUUUGCGGCUGGCUUUCUGAUGCUUGCUUGCUUCCUUUCCUCGUGAAUGAAGGGGCAGCUGGGACAGAGGACACAUGGGACUGCAAACAGAUCAAGGCACUUAGGGGAGGGCUAAGGUUAGGGCCAUAAAACGGACCUCGGCCAUCAGCAGCUACUUUGUCAGGGAAAACAAACUAGGGACGAGGUCUCUGGAUGAUUCAGAGCAAGUGCUUAAAGAGCUCUUUCUGAGCCUUGUUUGGGUGAUGUGAAGGCAGGCCUCAGGCUUCAGGCCUCCUACCCCCCAUCCCCACCUCAUGCGACCUUCCAAUCAUCAAUUAAAUGCUUCCAACUUCCUUUUUGCACUUCAAACGUAAUGUAUUUAUUUCCCAAAGAACCACUGAAACAAAGGAGCACCGUUAUCAGUUUGCAUUCUCAUCAGCCAGGUUGGUGAUUCACAGGUUAAGUAUGCAGGUUUAAUUAUUGAUGGGUGACCGGCCGUAGAAGAGACUGCUCUGCACAGGCAGUUAACCUCAAAAGUGCAUAAUGGUCUUCAAAGACAAGUAUGACCUGCAUGACUUAAUAGCCAAUCAAUCUGUUCCCUUGCAGCCAUACACACCUUCUGGGUGUCUAACAUGUAAACAAUAAUCAGACCAAUUCUCUAAUUCCCUGUGACCCCGCAGUUUCCAUGUGAACACAAAAACCUGCAUCCUAUGGUGUUGUGAGAUUUCUCCAUCUGUAUUUACUGUAUCUUAGUCACAGACACUAGGUUUUACUUUAAGUGUGUAUUUAACACUACAUGUUAUAUGUACAGUGCUGCUUGGGUCAGGUCAUCAGCCAAGCGACUGCAUGUUCUCUCUGGUCUAACCAAUGUGACCGAGACACAUGCACCUCGUACGUUGCAGCUGUGGCCCCUGUCGUUGUCCACCUUUAGUUCUGGCUGUUGUAUAGUAGCUACACAGAUAUUUUAGUAAAUAAUAUUUUUGUAAAUAUGUACACUUUUAGAUUUUUUAAGUUUUAAUUUUUUAAGGAGGUGAGAUGUAAAUUUCUGAGUGCUGAAUGUGACUGUAACUCCAGGCGCUGAGGUUAUCAGGUCCAGUCACCUUUGAUUUGCACCAGUUUACCACACAUAUUACUUCAGUUUAUCUGCUAUUGGUUAUCUUCAUCUGCAGAUCUGAUAAUAAAAUGGCAUGCUUAGUUUGUAUAUGGUAUAUGUACAUACUUUAAAAAUGUGUUUUGUCUGCCUUAGCUAUGCAAAUCUGCUGUUGGGAAGGUUGCCUUGACUAUUACCUAUGCCUUAAAAAAGUGCGUGCGUGUGUUAUUCUGUCCCAGUUUGCCCGUUGCAUUCACCGGUGUACCAGUGAGUAUUUGUGAAUUGUGCCCACGACCGUGGUGCAGUGCAAGAAGCCGUUAACUUUAGCUCCAUAGAGCUGGUUGCUUGCUCCAUUAUUACGUCUCCCUCUGUUUAUAGUAUUGUCUUAAACUCAAUGUUUGAAACAUUGUGGGAUUUAUAGAAUAUAGCCGACAACUUAUUCAUGCGUUGAACAACAUUAAAAUCGGAUUGCAAUCUGUAGUUGCAUUCUUGUAAUGCCUCUUGCCAUAACCUGAAAUUGUGAUCGCAUACUGCCAUCUACAGGAUACAGAGGGAGUGGCUUUCACAAUAGGUGUUAAUAUCAAGGCGCCCUGUUUAGUUAUUCAUUUCAAUAGUUGAACUGUUUGUGAAUUGCAAGCUGUCUCUCUAAACAAAUACUUUAAGAUUCCCCUUUAUAUAGUAUUGAAUGAGUACUGAAUGAAAUGGAAUGUGUACUUCUUGGUAUCACUGUAUGUUUGCGGAGUGGUUGUACAUUAAAAAGAUGUGUGUACAGGUGCACUCAAACAGCAUGGCGGUAUACUGUGCAAGUGAAAGUCUUGAUGCACUGUUCCAAAAGUGUAUAAUGAUAAAGCGAUUUUGGCAUCCUUGAAAAAGGCCUAAUUAACGCAAAAUGUCGCGGACUCCCCCAGCCCCGAUGAAGUGUAAAGAAAUUCAGGGUUUUUUGUAUUUGUGUCGAAUGCCUAAUGAGGGAGUGGGUCUGAAGAACACUGACAUGUUAUGUAACGUGUGGAGAUGCAGUAGGGAUGAAAGGCUACGCGAAUGGGUUUUAUUUAUUUAUUUAUAGAUUUCAAGUAUGGACGAUCUUGCAUGACUGACAGCCUUCAGACUUAUGAGUUAGUUUUUGAAAUUCUGUAUAUUUACGGGACCACACCGAUGACCUGUACUCAGUGGGAUUCUUUGUUCAGUUGUUUUCCUAAAUACCACACCUCUGCUAUGUGCUGUUGGAAUGACAUAUGGAUCUUUUUUUUUUUUUUUACUUAGUGUUUCUUUGUAAAAGGAACUUGCAAAGUUUAUUAAUUGUCAGUAAUAAUAUGAUAAUAACUUCCUAUUUCUGCCACCCAAAGAAUGAGAGAUACACAUGAAGCCAUUCAAACAAAAAUAGAAAAUUGAAGCUUUUAGUGGUAGGUCUUUGACCUUCCAAAGGCAUGGAAUGGUGUCCAGCUGCCAGCCAGCAGUGUUCCCCACUCACGCCGUUAGGAACCCAUGACGGAUCUGGUAGUCUAUUUUCUAGGGUCUUCCACUUCAGCCAAAUUUUCUUUUCCUUUUGACCAUUUUGUUGCGUUAGUGUGCUAAAUUUAUUGGUUAAGUUUUAAAAAUCAUUUUACUUUUCCAUGCUUUUGUGUUGUAAUUUAGAAUGGAGAUGUACUGCAUGUCGGGUGUAAUCCUAAAAGUUAUUUGUGACCAGCUGUCAUUGCUGUGAACAAAGGACCCCAAAAUGCAAAUGUUAUUUGGUACUUGAAUGCAAAUAUAUUGUAUAUUCUAUUUUAUUUUACGACUGUCUAUUAUAUAGUGUUAGUGUAACAAUAACAGAUGGUUACAAUUAUCUUUUUAUGUUGCUUGUUUUCUGAUGCUCUCCACUAUUAUUGUUGGUGUUGUUUAGUGGUGCUCUGUCAUUGUAGAAUUUAUUUGUAUUAAAUAGCAAUACAGGAAGACCAAGACUCCACUGUUUUUUCCCCUUGAAUUUUCAUUGCUGUUUCUUUGCAAUAAAUGAUUCCAUAAAUA